AGAUUUGAUCAAUAGCCUACGGUACUGUGUGAUAUCGUUGGACCUGCGAUGGGCUACAACGUAGGGGGAUAUGGAAUGGCUCGCUCUGGAAUCUUUAUCGUGUUGAUGGGGUUGUGGAGGUUUAGCUCUGCUUGCCCUGCAUCCUGCACUUGCAGCAUCUCAAGGCUUGUUUGUAUCGAUCCUGACCCAGGGAUCGAGGAUUUCCCUAUCCUUACGUUAGAUGACAUGGAAAUGGACAUCAACAUCACCGAUAUAUACAUUGCAAAUCAAAAUCGACUAUUUGACAUUAAUGAUAACAGCUUGAAGUACUACUCGAAUCUCAGAAAUCUAACUGUGACAAAUACGGGACUGACUUCUAUCUCAUCAGAAGCCUUUUUCAACAAUACAAGACUUCAAUAUCUGAAUCUGAGAGACAAUAACUUGUCAACACUGUCCUGGAGGACAUUCAUAAACUUAAACAUGACAUCUUUUCCUCUCCUGUCUGGUAACCCUCUGGAGUGUGUAUGUGAGAACAUGUGGAUCAAACUGAGGCUGCAAGAGGACAUUGACAGUUCAGAAAGUCAACAGCUGAAAUGCAUAGACGACCUUGGAGUGAGGAGGGCCAUCUCCAGAUUAAUUCUCCCUGAUUGUGAGACUCCCGCAGUGGAGGUCAGUCCCUCUAUCGUCACAAAGACGGAGGGAAGUGAUGUCACAGCAGUGUGCAGUGCAACAGGGUCUCCUGCCCCUGAGAUCUCGUGGAAUUUGGACACCAUCUUCACCAGCUAUGAGGUCAAUGUCUUGGAGCUGGAAAGCAAUCUGACACUGUCAGGUCUCUCGCCUUCGGACAACGGCAGAGUGAUUACUUGCAAUGUGGAGAACGUAGUCGGCCAAACCGAGGCUUACCUCCAACUCAACAUCCUCUUUUGCCCCACAAUCCUGGAGCUGCUGGAGCCAUUGAGACUCCACCACUGGUGUAUCCCUUUCAGUGUGACUGGGAACCCCAAGCCCGAGCUGCAGUGGUACCACCAGGACCAGGAGCUCCACGAACAAGAGUAUAUCAAGACUGAGAUCCACAAGAGCCUUGGAAGCGUUCACCACGGCUGCCUGCAGCUUGCCAACCCGACUCACAUCCACAACGGGCAGUAUACGCUGGUGGCCAGGAACGAGUUCGGGGAGGACCAGAAAGUAAUUGACGCCCACUUCCUGCUCCCACCAGACGAGGGCGACUAUCCCUCAGACUCACCACUACCCCCAAUAGAUGACAGUGUUGCAGUGUACGUAGUGGUGGGAAUCGCUGGUGUGGCAUUAAUUGUAUGUGUUCUGAUGGUGAUCAUUCUGAAAUACGGAAGAAACUCUAAAUUUGGGAUGAAGGGCUCCUCCUCCUCGGUCAUCAGUAACGAUGAUGACUCUGCCAGUCCUCUUCAUCACGUCUCAAACGGCAACAACACCCCGUCGUCCUCGGAGAUGAGCCACGAUGCGGUGAUCAUUGGAAUGACAAAGAUCCCUGUCAUCGAGAACCCGCAGUAUUUCCGCCAAUCUGGCAGCAUGCUGAAAUCGGACACAUUUGUCCAGCACAUCAAGAGACACAACAUUGUGUUGAAGCGUGAGCUGGGAGAGGGGGCCUUUGGGAAGGUGUUUCUGGCUGAGUGCUACAACCUGACUCCAGAUCAGGACAAGAUCCUGGUGGCAGUCAAGACGUUGAAAGAGGCCAGCGAGAGUGGCCGUGCUGACUUCCACCGGGAGGCAGAGCUGCUGACCAACCUGCAGCACGAGCACAUCGUCACCUUCUACGGCGUGUGUGUGGACAGCGACCCGCUCAUCAUGGUGUUUGAGUACAUGAAGCACGGCGACCUCAACAAGUUCCUCAGGUCCCAUGGUCCUGACAUGGUGCUGAUGGCUGAUGGGCAGCACAGCCUGAUGGUGGAGCUGACCCAGUCCCAGAUGCUGCACAUCGCCCAGCAGAUUGCUGCAGGCAUGGUCUACCUGGCCUCCCAGCACUUUGUCCACAGAGACCUGGCCACACGCAACUGUCUAGUGGGAGAGAACCUGCUGGUCAAGAUUGGGGACUUUGGAAUGUCCAGGGACGUGUACAGUACCGACUACUACAGAGUGGGGGGUCACACCAUGCUGCCCAUCCGGUGGAUGCCUCCUGAGAGCAUCAUGUACCGGCGGUUCACCACGGAGAGCGACGUCUGGAGUCUGGGCGUGGUCCUCUGGGAGAUCUUCACCUAUGGGAAGCAGCCCUGGUACCAGCUCUCCAACAAUGAGGUGAUUGAGUGCAUCACCCAGGGGCGCGUGCUGCAGCGGCCGCGUUCUUGUCCAAAGGAGGUGUACGACCUGAUGCUGGGCUGCUGGCAGAGAGAACCCUACAUGAGACUGAACAUCAAAGAGAUCCACAGCCUGCUCCAGAAUCUGUCCAAGGCCUCGCCUGUCUACCUGGAUAUUCUGGGCUGAGUGAGUCUGAUCGGCUGUAUUUGUGUAUGGGAUGGAAUGAGGGUGGAGUUGUGUGCGUACGAGCGAGCAUACUGUUUGUAUGGGUGCGAAUAAGGGUGGAGUUUGUGUGUGUGAGCAUACUGUGUGUGUGUGUGUGUGUGUGUAUGGGUAGGAUGAGGGUGGAGGUGUGUGUGUGUGUGUGUGUGUGUGUGUGUGUGUGUGUGUGUGUGUGUGUGUGUGUGUGUGUGUGUGUGUGUGUGUGUGUGUGUGUGUGUGUGUGUGUGUGUGUGUGUGUGUGUGUGUGUGUGUGUGUGUGUGUGAGCAUACUGUAUGUGUGUAUAUGGGUAGGAUGAGGGUAGAGGUGUGUGUGAGCAUACUGUAUGUGUUUCUGUGUGCUGACUGUGCUUCUGCCUGCUCAUCACAUAGACAAAAGCCUUACAUUUGAUUGCCAUUUCCUUUCCUUGUCCAUUUGAAAAUACUCUUAGGACCCGUUUCUCAAACCCAGAUUAAAAGAAUCCUGGAGUAGGCCCAAUUCUGGUUUAUAUAUCAAGAGCAAAAAAUAGGAUAUCAUAAACAUCAGUUAACCUUGAAUUACAUACUCUUGGACUUUGACGGGGACUUUUUAAAUAAUAGUCAAAGAAUAACUUAAUAAUGUCCAUGAAACCAAAUGAUCAGUAAUCUUUAUUAAAUUGUAAUUUAGUCAAGGAGUAGGCCAAGGCCUCCCGGGUGGCGCAGUGGUUAAGGGUGCUGUACUGCAGCGCCAGCUGUGCCACCAGAGACUCUGGGUUCGCGCUCAGGCUCUGUCGCAAAAGGUCCGUGGGGCGACACACAUUUGGCCUCGCGUCGUCCAGGUUAGGGAGGGCUUGGCUGGUAGGGAUAUCCUUGACUCAUCGCGCACCAGCGACUCCUGUGGCGGGCCGGGGGCGCAGUGCACGCUAACCAAGGUUGCCAGGUUCACGGUGUUUCCUCCGGCACAUUGGUGCGGCUGGCUUCUGGAUUGGAUGCGCGCUGUGUUAAGAAGCAGUGCGGCUUGGUUGGGUUAUGUAUCGGAGGACGCAUGACUUUCAACCUUCGUCUCUCCCGAGCCCGUACGGGAGUUGUAGCGAUGAGACAAGAUAGUAGCUACUAAACAAUUGGAUACCACGAAAUUCGGAAGAAAAAGGGGACAACC